UGUCUGUGCGUUUGUGAACUGCAGAGUUCGCUUUGAAUCUUUAGCCAGUUGAUCGCCUUAAAUCUUUCGGAGGAGUCUUUUAUUUUAUGUGUGUGUGUGGGUUUUUUUUUUAAAUAAUGUUUUGAGAUUUGAGAUUCACACCGCAAGACUGCGCUGAUUUUUGGCACCUGGAGAACGGAAUUUGUGCCACACUGGAGCUUUCUGGUGCGCGCCGGAGGACGAUCCACGGGGCAAUACAGAGAGGAGACAGAGCSUUUUGCUGAACGCAUGUCCCCGCAUGGCCUGAAUACAAAUAAAGCAUAAGCAGCUGGUGUAUAAGCUGCACCACUCUCCAAUUUACCCAAUAAGCGUGUGAUUGGUGUGGAGAGUCACCUCGCAGGAGCAGCAGCAGCAGCAGCAGUGCGCACUCUCCAUUUGACGUGGAUCUGCUCUCUGCCGGUUUUUCUCAUAAAGCAGUAAUACCCCACCGACUGAACCCAGCUUGAGGAGCUAAAAGUUUUUUUGUUUUUUUUUUGUAUUCUUGCUUGCAUCGGCUCGGUACCAAUGAUGACUGAGAACAGUGAGAUGGAGAGCGACUCGCAGCUCCAGCGCUCCCCAAACAACAUGCCCAUCCAGCCGAUGACAUCCAAGCUCCAGAGAUUGAAACGCUCGCUGUCCUUCAAGACCAUGAUGCGAAGCAAGAGCGUGGAGAACUUCUUUCAGAGGUCCUACAGCGACGCUCGCCUGCCCGCCGACUUUAUCACUGACCCACCACCGCCUUCUCCACCACUGCCACCGGGCUCCCCUCUCGUUGGCGAACGCUCACCCUCCAUUUCACCGUCUCUUAGCCCCAACCCCUCCAUCUGUUCCCACUCACCGUCUCUCAGCCUUUCUCCAUCACUGCCUGCAAAGCCUCCCCGAGCUCAGAUUAACCACUGUUUUCAGGACCACAUCUUUCGGAAGCCCACCAACUGCCAGCACUGCAAGCACAUGAUAGUGGGAAACUCCAAACAAGCUCUGCGGUGUAAAACAUGCAAGAUGGCUGCUCACCUGUGGUGCACAUCAGAACUCUCGCAGCAGCAAUGCCAUGGGAAGUCCGGAGCGUUCAAGCGAAACUUCAGCUCGCCGAUGCUCGUCAAUGACCAAUUGGCUGUCGUCAAGGAAGUUCAGCCAAGCCAGGAGGCUGCGCGGAUGCGUGUAGACCCCGUGUAUGCCGCCUUACGCUACGGGACGUCCUUGGCACAGAUGAGCCGUUCCAGUUUUGGCAGUUUAUCAGAAUCGCCAACACGCAGCUUGGGGGAGGGAGGUGAGGAGAGACAGUGCAGCAUGGAGGAGGAGAUAACUCAGGAGACAGGGGAAAUUCUCGCGCCGCUUCCAGACACCGCUGAUCCAGAUGCCGCCGAUCCAGAGCAAGAGAUGGAGGAGGUGGUGGAGCAGAGCUGCGAGCAAGCAGAGAUUCCUGCAGAGGACAGCAGUUCAAAGGUGCCCAAGCGCAUUGAAGUCCACUCCAUCCACACCUAUGUAGCACUCUACAGGUUCCUGCCUCAGGAGCUGAAUGACCUGGAACUACAUCCUGGCGAUCGGGUGCAGGUCACAGACGACUCUAAUGAGGAGUGGUGGAAGGGUAAAAGUGGUGACAGAGUCGGCUUCUUCCCUGCCAACUUUGUGCAGAGGGUCCGACCAGGCGAGCGGGUCUGGCGGGUCGUGCAGAGCGUUCCCGGAAACAGAGAAAAGGGACACAUGGCAGUGAGAGAGUCGCAGAUUUGCGUUGGGAAGAGAGAAGAUGGGGAAAUUUUUCUGAAGCUGAGCAGUGGAAAGAAGAGAGGCCUGGUCCCUGCCGACUCCAUAGAGGAGAUCUGAACAUUAUUUCACUUUUACACUUCGACUCAAACUGUCUGCACCGCACUCUGCCCCGCUCUCUGGAGAAAUGACCAUCCAAGUCUCUGCAACCGCACAGAAACAUGCGCACUCCUGCCAAGAUCCGACGCCACCGUCUCUGACAAGCGGUUGUUUUCUCAGAGCAUUUAUUGGACUGCUGUCCUGCACCCGAGGACGGCGAUUGACUCAACAUCUUAGACAAAGGGAAGCAGAGGUAAAUGUGGCUUUGAAUAUUUGGAUCGCGUUCAGUUUUGCCCCGUCAAAAACACUUUUCCCGACUGUGGGAGGACGUUGAAUGCUGUUAUGGGAACAUCAUGCUUGUGUCAGUGUCCUUUUUCUUGCUUCUACCCACUCGCUGUGUCUCAUCACUAUCUGCUCAUUUCAGGGCUUUUUUCCCUUGGGGCUGUUAUCAUGUAUUACUGCUGCAACUGCAGACUUUUUUUUGCAAGGAACAACCACUGCCAUUCACUGAAAGCUACACUGCCAUUAGAGAAACUUCCGGAUGAGGUGGAAGGAGGUAAUGCAAAUUUAAAGCCAGUGCUUUAACUGAUAAAUGUAAAAAUGCAGAAAAUGAAUCCAUUUUUUAAGAAAAAUUGAAGGCUCCAACGACAUUGUCACAGAUGUUUAAAUCCGUUUUUUUUCCAGUACAUAGAAAUAUUUAAAGUCAAAGGAAGUUAAAAGAAUCGAACCGUGUGAACAGGGGUGUCCAAAAUGCGGCUCGGGGGCCAUUUGUUACCCUUGGGCUGAUUUUUUUGUGGUCCAACUGCAGUUCAAGAAUGAUACAAAUUAAUUUACUAAACUUCCUCUUAUAAAUCAGGGUAUGGUUUUCUUGCAAUGAAAAAUGCUGAGUAUAACAAUUUUGGUUGCAAAGUACUUUGCAACCAAAAUUUUAUAAGUGGCACCAGGUGUAUCCUGAGGCUUUUACCGAGAAGCCAACUUUACCAAACUUUACCUUUACCAAACUCAGCUUUUAUUUGAUACGUUAAUCUUGGCUAAGUAUAGCAAUCAUUUUGAAAGAGUGUGACCCAAAUCAUUAUUUUAUAACAAAGAUAACAUUAGUUCAACUGGGCCUAAAAGAAAUUGUGCAAAAUCCUAGUUAUCCCAGUCUCUGGAUCUACCAUGAAUUUUUGUUGAUCUUUUCAUUUUGUAUUCUUUGCCCGCAUGUACUUCUGACUUCAUGAAUUUGGUCCGAGUUACAAAAAUGUUGGUUCCUUCACUGAUGUCAAUAUUUUGAAGCUUUAUGUGAGCGUAGAGAAAGAAGGAAAAAAGAAAAAAGGUGUCAACAAGUGUGGAAGUUCGAAGCGGAAGACUCAGUUCUCCUGUUUUCACACACCAGCUCGCUGCGCACAUGAAGGUUUGGCGCCCGCUGGGAUUCGUUCGAGGUCCGCUGCGGGCGUCGCAAGCACUGCCCGGCGAUUUCUUCUUUUUCUAACAAGUUUACCGCUGCUGAAAACACAGCAGGAAAUAAAACGGAUCUGCAGCCAGCCGUUCCUGAAAGUAAAAGCAGCAACAUUUUUAGGGAUCUCUCUGGCUGUGACGAAGAGCCUAAGUUUCUCUGACAGUUCAGAGGAGGAGGCGGCACAGUGAGAGAGAUGACACGAGCGAUGAACCGCUAUGAGUCGGCGUGCGUCGAGGUAACACUGUACCCAUGGGAGCAUGGGAGUCAUUCAUUGAUCAAAUGUCAGCCCGCCUUCCUUCCCUCCCAGUUUGGCCCUUCUUGUCUUCUUGUUAUUGAUGUGACUGACUGGUCAGCUGUGAUAUAGAGUGAACACUUUUUUAUUUUUUUCGCUUGAAUCCCAGAACACUUUAGAUAGUUUAGACAUCUAUUAAUUUUGCAGCUAAUCUAAUGCGUUUCUUCAGCCAGGACCCUCCUCACCCCUUCCCACCAGCUAGGGGAAACACACAGUUUGCAUGUGAAAGACAAAGAAAAUGACUUGAAGUAGAAAAUACAUUAGAAGUCAUAAAAUAUCAUUUAGAUAAAAGAACCACUUUUUCAUCUGUAUUUCACACAUCAAAACUUGGAAAAGGUCUAAUCAAUAAGCAUUUUCUCCUGUAAAAAGUAAAAGUAGCGUUUUUUUUCCGAUUAUCACCAUUAUCUGUGUCGUCAAACAAAUAUUGCAACUUCACCAUGAAAUUCUCCAGGUUAUUUGUGUCUUUUUGUCAAAUAGCAGCAUUAUCUUACAGAAUAUCUGCAGCAUCCUCUUCAGGGAUUAUUAAAGAUGUGUAAAAAGCCUUAAAAUUAUUAUUUUUUUAAUGCGGAAGGAUUUAAAAAUGGAAAAAUAACUCAGAAGGGUCAAAUUCAUUGUUAAGGAUGACCACAAAUGCUACAAUACUGAGAUCCCUGACUAUUCCAAUCAAUUUCAAUUAAUUUAAAAAGUAACAAUGUUAAUGCAAUUUAACCCCUUUUUAAAAAAAAAAAAAAAAAAAAAAGGUUACCUCACUUUUUUUUAUCCGGGUCUUCGAGCACCGUUCAAAUUAAGGGUUGAUCUCCAGGAUAUUGCUUCCUGAAAGCAGCAGCUGGCCUACACUUACUCAUAUGUGUGGUCAGAGCAGUAAUUAAAGAAGGCACAAACACAUGGGACUGUGAAAGACAAGGUUGUUCCAGGACCCAAAAAACCAAGAUGGUAAAAAAACGGAAAGGGGUAAAAUCUUGGUGGCCUGGCGUCUCCAAAUUAAUUAGAUGCUCUCUACAUGCCAGCCGUCUGUUUGUAAAGUUUCUUCACAUUACUAGGACUUUAACCCCUUAACUGACAUCCUAAAAAUGCUUACAUGAAAAGCAAUGGGUUCACGAGGACAAAAAAAGUCAUCACAAUUAGAGCUGUGCCUUGGUCCAAUGAUACUGAAGCUAAGCCAUUCUGAGGUUGGAUUUAAAAAAAGAAAAGUAUCUAAUGUCCAAUGUUAAGUACAGUGGAGGGUCUAUGAGGCUGUGGGCAUGUUUCUGUUCCAUACACUACAUAAACUAUUUAAAAUACCAAUAUGUUUUGAAUAAUAGAAUCACUUAUGGAUCUUAUGUUACCACAUACGAAAAGUCUUUCAACAGGAAAACAUCUGUGCAAAUCAACAACAAAAACAAACCAAACUGGACUGAAAUAUAUUUCUCUUUCCAGCAAAACCUGAACUAGAACAUCUUUCCCACGGGUAACAGUAAUCAUGCAGAGGGCUGCGCAAAAGUGUAAGCUAACCCCGACAUGUACCAGCACCGUCUUGUUACUUUACUCCGCGUAAGUUUGUGUCGCAUUGCACUUCCGAGGUUUUCUAAAUGUAAAGUAAGCAUCUGUUGUCUGGUGUCACAAAGUCAAUGUUCCUCAACUUUACCUCAAUAAAAUGUCUUUACACAAA